AUGGCGGAGGACUCCAACUUAGGCAUCCGUUUGAACAGGAUAUGCUGCAUCGGUGCGGGGUAUGUGGGCGGCCCAACCAUGGCGACAAUUGCCUUGAAGUGUCCGGAUCUUCAGGUGAGUAUCGUGGAUAUGAAUGAGGAGCGAAUUGCUGCAUGGAACUCCGACAGCCUUCCCAUCUACGAGCCUGGGCUUGACGAGGUGGUCAAGGCAUGCCGGAAUAAGAACCUUUUCUUUUCCACGGAUGUGAAGAAGGGCAUUGAGGAUGCCGACAUCAUCUUUGCUUCCGUCAAUACGCCUACAAAGACCCAAGGUGUUGGCAAAGGUAGGGCCGCCGACCUGAGAUUUAUCGAGAGCGUCGGACGCACCAUCGCCCAGUAUGCCAACAGGAGUAAGAUAGUCAUCGAGAAGUCGACGGUCCCCAUCAAAACAGCGGAGGCCAUAGCAAGGGUCUUAACGGCCAAUGAAGAGGCGAACGGUGGCCGAAAAAACUUCUGGAUCCUUUCAAAUCCGGAGUUCCUCGCAGAAGGCACAGCGAUGAAGGACCUGGACCAGCCAGAUCGGGUACUGAUAGGUGGGCAGGAAGAGGCAGCGAUCAAAGUGCUCGUCGACAUCUAUGCCCAUUGGGUCCCUAGAAACAGGAUUUUGACCACGAACCUCUGGAGCUCUGAGCUUUCCAAGUUGGUGGCCAACGCCAUGCUCGCACAACGGGUCAGCAGCAUCAACUCGAUCUCCAGACUCUGCGAGCGCACAGGCGCUGACGUCAAAGAAGUGUCCAGAGCCAUUGGAACCGAUUCACGUAUUGGUCCCAAGUUCCUGAAUGCUUCUGUGGGCUUUGGUGGCUCAUGCUUCCAGAAGGACAUCCUGAAUCUGGUGUACAUUUGCCAGCAGUUUGGUCUAGAGGAAGUUGCUGCCUACUGGCAGCAGGUGGUGGACAUGAACGACCACCAAAAGAUAGCUUUCACGAGCAAGAUCAUUUCAGCAUUGUUCAACACCGUGACGAAGAAGAAAAUCGCCGUGUUUGGCUUCGCUUUCAAGAAGGACACCGGCGACGUGCGAGAAACUCCAGCGCUCACCGUGUGCGACAUGCUGAUGAAAGACGGGGCCUUGGUGCAUAUCUACGAUCCCAAAGUCGAAAUCGCAGACGCCCUGCAAGAAUUCAAGUAUCACGACAUAGAGGUGAACCAGAGCCAGUUCAUCUUCACCAAAAGCCCCGAGGAAGCUUGCGAUGGCGCGCAUGCCAUCAUUGUUCUCACCGAGUGGGACGAGUUCAAAGAAUAUGACUAUGAGGCUUUCUACCAAAAGAUGAUGAAGCCGGCGUUCCUUUUUGAUGGACGCAACAUGCUGGACCACGCUGCCCUUGAAGAGAUAGGCUUCGAAGUCCAUGCGUUGGGCAAGGCGCGGGCGGCCAAGCAUGCCAGAGGCGAGCAGGCCAGCAGGGAGGAAGAGUUUCUGAGCCUCCUUGCUUCAUCUUUUGAAAGCCUUCUCUUGCGCUACAUUGCUGCUACAUUGGCCCAGCGGUGUAUGACACAGAUGGGAGCUUGGGAGGCAGGAUGGAAUUAUGUGUUCAUGAGUGCUGUUCGCUUGCUGCAUGCAGUCCUCGCCACCUAUUGUCCAGUCCUGGUCUGGUACAACUCUUCCAACCAGUUCGUCGUGAAGCCUCGAAUCAUCCAAACCAUGACGACGAACGUUUUUUACUUCAAGUUUACUCCGGAAGUCAACGGCAACUUCUGGGCUGUUGUCGCAGACAACGCCGACGAGGGUUUCCAGGCGGUGUCGCAGUCGACGAUGCAUUGCUGGACGCACACAGCGGCAUGUGCGAGAACGCGUUCUGAGUAUCAGCGGCACGAGCUGCAUCGGUGUGAUUGGUCAGAGUUCCUGCCCAAAGGCUUCGUGACAGUCUGGAGCAUCAAAAGCAUGCGGCUUGGCAAAAUGUUUUGGUCAGCCCGGUUCAUGCGCAUCGUCUUGGGGACCGCAUGUCUGCAACAAUACAUGCGAAAGCUGCGGAGGGUAGGUGACAACCUGAACCUCUUGAGCAGACUGCAAUAUGGGCAGCCAGCAGCCGACUGCCGUAGGCAAGGGAAGUUCGUCACCGGAGGCGUCGACAACACAGAGGAGUUCCUCUUCUGCUACUUUGAGCGAGGUCCUACAACGUACAGGGUCUUCAUCUAUCUGGAGGACACAUUGGGUCAGAAUGACGGCAUCAUGGAAACCAUGGGCAUCAUUGUGCCAGGUUCUGCAGAGUUGAGCAACGAAUUCUUGACCCGGCCGUAUCUUGUGGAGCCCGAAACGAUCCGGGGGGCAAAGAUCUUCUUCCAACCGAGAAGGACGGGCUACGCUUGGGCUGGUCUCAUGGCAGAGUCCUCCUGGCUUACCCGGGCUGGCGUCAACAACUCCAACGGCAACCAUGCGGACAGGCGGAGCAUCGAGAUUUACGACAUCAUGUUCUUUGUUGACAUGGUUGGAUCGAACCUGUUCUGCUACUACAGCGCCGUUCCCAUCACAGCCAAUGCAGACUACACCUGGGAGUUCCUCAACUGUGGCUUGACACCUGGCGUCCGCUACCGCCUAUUCGUCUACAUCAUCGGCGAGGAAUACUGGGAUGUGGCGGUAGAUCCAGAUGCAGUGUUCCGAUCACCAUCGUGGAAUCAGUGGCACCGAGACAACGGACGAGUGUCCAAUGGCGUGCUGGUCGAGCCGCCCUUCUCGAAUUAUUGGGCAUGGCCAGAUGGUGAGCCAUAUAUCUCCAAAGGUCCGCAUGGGAUGGGCUUGGACGUCACUUUCACAACAGGGCGUCCGCAAGCCCUGGUGUGGGCAAUAGUUCAAGAUGCUACGAGUACAAACUUCACCAUCAACGCUGUAAAGACAGCCCAACUGGCAUGGGGCCCUGCAGGUUGUCGGCAGUUGGGUGCCCCUGCUCUUGAUGCUGCAACCUACACGCUGACGCUUUUCGGGUGCAGCCUGCUGCCUGCUCCAAGGAAGUACGUUCUCAUUUUGUACACCGAAGAUCAAGCAAUCCAGAAUGACGGCAUGCUGUCCGAUCCGAUUUUCUUUGAGGUGCCGGUGUCGAACGGCUUCAUCAUCCCGCCGGCCCUGGUUGGGGAAGCUGGACUGGACACAGGCGUGAGUCUGAGCUUCGAGGCCUCUUCUUCGGGCAGAGUCUGGGUGUACAUUUCCACCUUGGCGCAGGCCAACGCAUUCUCUGUAACAAUUCCGAACGUGAAGGAUGCAGUCAAUGCCUUCGAUACCACGAACUGCAUGGUCGCUGGCCUUGCAAUCCCUGCCUCGCUGCAGGUGGGGUACCGCUGCGCAAUUUGGUUUCAGAUGCCUUUGAGUGAGAUUGCACGGAAGCGUUGCGUAAAGGAGCUGCUACUAUUUGCAGCAGCAAUCUUCAGUCCCGAUCAACGCACCAGCUUGUCAUUGGCAGCUGAGCUCUGCCUUGUCUCCUCGUUUUGGCAUCUGGUGAACGGAGUGGGCUCUGCCUCUCUCUGCCCCUAUCUCGUUCCUACCUCUACCAGGACUCGACCACACCUCACCAGCUUAAAUGCGAAGUUCUCCAUUGUGCAGUUGCUCAUGCUUUUGCCAUAUUUUGCCAGCUACCGGGCCUUGCAGGUGAUCACAAUGCCGAACUGCCCACUGGUUUAUUUGUCCUCCUACGUGGUCUAUGUUUACGUUGAGGACAGCAACGCACACUUGGACGGGACCCUCGCAACUCCGUUGCCGAUCGACGUUGGCGCUUCAAACAGCUUUGAGGUGGAGCCUGCCUUGCUCUCCGUGCCUACAACUGACCAGGUGGACUUCAGAUUCACACCAACGAAGCUCGGCCGCGUUUGGGUGGUCGUGACACCAGCUGCCUCCCUCGUGGAGCCUCCGACCAGGUCACACAUGAAGGCGAACGUUGGGGCUGUUGGAGCGCUUUCAUGCAGAGUGAGCGGCUCACCGAUUACACCGGUGGAACAGACGUACGUGCUGACUGGCUGCGUGCUCGAUCCAGGACAGAUCUAUGCUCUGUACGUUUAUGUAGAAGACCAUCGAGACCGCGGCGAUGGCACUCUGUCGCGAAUCGUGUUUGUCAAGGUUAUCAGGUCGAACAACUUCGCAAUCAGCCCAGUCCUGUUGACCUUGCCAACGCUGGAUGGUUUCGAUGUGAGAUUUCAGGCCAUGGUCUCCGGCCGAGCCUGGGCCAUGGCCGUGGACGCCAUCGGUGGCUCAGGAGUCAAUGCCCUGUCGAUACGAAGCCUGCAAGGAGCCUUGGGAGGAGCAGAUUGCCAAUUUCAGGACUUCCCUAUCGAUGCCAGCCUCCAGGUUUGGAACUUCACGGACUGCAGGUUCGAGGAGAGCAAGACAUACAUGAUUUUCAUUUACAUAGAAGCAUGGCCGGCGGUGACAGGAGAUGGCACUCUUUCAGGUCCAAUGAUUGCCUCCUUCUUCGAUGCCUCGAAUGUUUCCACUGAAGAUACGGGUGCCAACGCAGGUGGAGACGUCCUCACCAUCGAGGAAGUGCCCAUCGUCUCGAACUGGUUCCGCGAGGACCCGCGCCAGUCGGGUCCAGCAUCUCCUGGCGGCGUUACCUUGACGCUUCGUGCUGCUCACGCCAGCGGGCGUCUUUGGGUGAUGAUAACUCGUUACAGGCCUCAGGUGGCAGCGGAGUCUGUCCAAAAUGGAUGGAACGCAAUUGGCGGCCCUGGUUGCCAAAGGCUGGAUGCUGCCAUCGACGAGCAGGAGGCCACAGUGCAGCUUUCAGAGUGCGGUCUUCUUCGAGGUAGGUACUACUAUGCGUUCGCCUACGUGGCGGGGCCCGAAGGCGGACUGAAUGGGACUCUUAGCCCUGCGGUCGAGAUCUUCGUUCCCACCGUAUCGAACGACUUCUCCCAGUCGCCACGCCUUGUUUCCACACCUUUGCAGGACGACGUGCACUUCACCUUCGCUGCAGUUCAACAGUUCGGCUUCGCCUGGGUAAUGAUAAUCGAUUCAUGGCUUGCCUAUUCGCUGACCGUUGAGAGCGUGAAGGCCUUCGUCAACGCAGUCGGUGGCUCCAACUGUCGAAAACAGGCUCUGAGCAUUGGCACCGCUGCGCAGGACAUUGUGCUGGGAUCCUCCUUUCCGAACGCCGGCGACGGUUGUGAUCUGAUGUCCAACGGCAUGUAUGUCGUGGUCGUCUAUGUGGAAGACAUCAACGGACUGAACGACGGUACCUUGGCCCAGCUGCCCAUCCGUGUGAGUCCAAAGCCCGCCUACUCCAAUCGCAUCGCAGCUGGACCAGUGAUAUCUGUCAACCCUGUACCCAGCGAUGUGUACCUGACCUUCGCGGCCGCAAUUCCUGGCCGGUACUGGGCGUUCAUCUUGCCUUCAGACAGGACGAAUGUCUUCACGUUGGAAACUGCGAAGUUCAUGGAUCUGAACCCGGACACCGUCGGCCAAGCUGGCUGUCGCAAGAACAACGUAGAGAUGGGCUCUGGCGCCACAUACGUGCACCUCACAAACUGUGAUCUUGUGAUGUCGGGAGCAGGCUUCACCUCCUAUUCUGCAUUUGUCUACGUCGAGGACAACAGUGGCAAAAUUGGUGAUCUCUCUGCAGCAGUGACAGUCGCGUCGAUAUCGAACACCUUUGUGCCACCGUUUCCACGGAUCGUGGCGUUUGAGACAGACGGCACUCUCUCCGUGGAAGUCCGUGUGAACAACUCGGGCCGCCUGUGGAGUCGAAUCGUGUAUUCCAGUCUGUACGCGAGCACUGAGCGCUAUUCUGGGGCGAUGUCGCUUUAUGUAUUGAAGCAGUGGCAGGCUCAUCCAGACAAUGGGCCGUCUUAUGGGAGCGAGAAUUGCAGCAUUGAUGCUCUGGAUGUCACCGUCGAACUGGAUUCCCUGGGCAUGCAAGUUCCGAUAUGGUUGAACUUCAGCAACUGCACCUUUACAUCUGGCACCGAGUAUAUGAUUGCGAUCUAUGCCGAGGAUUCUCAAGGAAAUGAUGAUGGAGAAAUCGUAGGUUUGAAGCUUGACAAGUAUUACAAUGCCAGCAACUACUUUCUGGUCUCGCCAGCUGUCGUCGGAACUGCAAUGGCCGACACAUUCACUGUGCAGUUUCACACGUGGGCCGCAGGCUUCGUUGGCUGCGUUCGGCACAUUCGACUCUCAGACGUUGGUGCAAUAGACCUGAUGAAGGGAGGCGUUGGAUGGUGCGCAAUCACCCUACCAGAAGAUGCCAAGUGCUUCGGCCACGAAGCAGUGCAUGGCAUUAACAAGAUCAGAGAUGAGAGUAACAUGCUGCUGGUGAACCCAGCGGUCAAAUUUGUAUUUAACGGGAGCUGCCGUGAUGAGCGGUCAGGUAUUGCGGCGUCACCAGUUGUGCUCGUCGCCUCCUCAAGUGGUGGUGUGGAGACAUUGACACUUACUGGCUGUGGCUUGGGCAUGGAUACGGAAUACCGCUUCUUCAUGUAUAUCAGUGGCGGCGCGUUGGAUGGCACGCUCUCCUCUGGAUAUCCGUUUACCACCUUCGGAAGCCUUGGCCACAUUCGGGUGCAAUGGCUCCAAAAGGAGACAGACGAGGGCGGGGCCAUAGACCGGUACCGUGUGUUCCUGAACGGCACCCAGGUGUAUGAUGACUACGGUUUUCGAAGCAGCCUGGAGCAAAGCCGCGCAGGAUCGCCGCCUCGCUGGGUGCGCGUGGCAGACUUGGCGUGCACACCAGGUUUGAGCUACGAGGUGACUUUGUCAGGACGCAAUUUCGGUGGCUGGUCACCGUUGAGCCAGCCCCUGCAGACGGGUUGCUUCCUUCGGCCGGGCACCAUCUCGAACCUGCGCGAGGUCUCUUCAUCAGUGUCGGCCGAUGGGGAGACUGCAUCAUUGACGGUGGCUUGGACCGCGCCGCAGGAUGCAGCUGGUGCAGAGACGGCAUACUACAACAUUUAUCGCGACCGAGGGUUGCGACAGGCCUUGUUCGAGCUUAUCGGCAGCACAACGGUCACGCAGUUCGAUGAUACAGGCUUAGUGCCUGGCCUCGACUAUGGCUAUCAGGUCACGGCUGUGAAUGCCUUCGGUGAAGGACCUGUUAGCGACGUCCUGUUCCUCAAGAUUGCGGGCACGCCGGUCAUAGAGACACCCAAGGUGGAUCUACUUGGCAUCCUCAACCAAGCAGGCCUCCAGCUGACCCCAAGUGCACGGACCGGAGAGCUGGACCAGGUGGAUGGCGUUCUUCAGGUCUAUAGCAGCGACCGGCCUCGAACCCUCCAGGCUUUAAACUAUGGCAACCAUCGCGCUGCACACCUCGUGGUGUUUGGCCGAAACAUUGUGACCGUCGAGGAUGUUGACCUCGCUGGAACUACGGCUGAGGGUGAUCCUUGCCUGGAGGCAGAGCUGAAGAUCACGGCGCCGGCAAAGACGGUGCAGUUCUGUGCUGGCGAUGGAGGCUCAGCGCCCUCCAUCACUCUGAAGCAUCUCGUCAGUCACGAAGAAGAGUUUGGACUAGAUCCGAACCUUUUCGCCAGCAGCCGCUACUGUAGCUACAGGUUUUGCGUUGAAAGGACACGCAUGCUUGCUUGCAGCCUGUGCUGUUUCAAGCAGCCUGGCAGCGUCGGUGUUACACUGCCCGUUGUAUACGCUGUAGUGCUUGCACCGUCAAGGUAUGGUGAAAUUGCCACGAUAUCCUGGCGGACGGGACAGCUGUCGAGCCCUGCAGCCGAGACUGGGCACAAAAGAGUCGCACGAUUUCGUUACUUUCGUGACUUUCCUGGCACGCUGCAGUCCUGGCAUGCCCCAAGGGGUCCCUCGGCACAUCCCUCGGCCCCGUUGCCAGGAGACAGGAGGAUGGCGGAUCAGCUUGCGGCCUGUGCCAUGAGAUCGCCAUGA